AUGCUUCAGAUUGCAGGUGAAGAGUCCGAGGGGAGGGUUGACUCCUCGUCUGAGGACGACAGAGCUUCGCGGACCUCAUCGGCCCAGAGGUCCAGAGGUGGAGGGGGUGAUGAGAGGGCCCAAUCGCCGGGCCUUCGCAUUGUUGCUUCUACCAGUUCCCUGGGCUCCACCUCUGCUGCGGCUGGAGGCACAUCAUCCAGGGCCCAGAGGAAGAGGUCCAAGAAAGAACACCGGGAUGUGUCAGACGUGCUGGCGAACCUGCUAGAGGAGUCACGACAGGAAGUGAAGUCGGCCAGAGAAAAUUUCUCAAGUGCCAGUCAGGGCCGUUGUGAGCGUGACGCGUGGGGGGAGUGGCUGCUUUCUGUUCAGCGUGAGAUAGUGCCACAGCAGUGGCGCCACUUCCAGGAACAGACUUUUAGAUUGGCCAUGAACUGCCUCACCGUCCCUCAGCUAGCGGCUGGCUACGAUCAGCAGCAGAUGCCCCCUCAGCAGCAGAUGCCCCACCACCAGCAGAUGCCCCACCAGCAGCAGAUGCCCUAUCAGCAGCAGAUGGCCCACCAGCAGCAGAUGCCUCCUCAGCCGCAGAUGCCUCAUCCUCAGCAGCAGCCACCUCAGUUUGUGCCACAUACUUCCUUUACGCCACAGCAGGGAGCAACGCAGCAGCCCCAGUUUCUGGCACCCACCCCACCAAUGCAGAGACGCAGUACGCCAUCUCCUCAACAGGCGAGUUUCCAACACCGUUCACACUCGGCGCCACCCGUAUGGGACACCCUGGCAAGCAACUAUGCUGCUGGAAGCGCAUCAUUAAUCAACCAGGCCUGGUCAAUGUCAGGCCAGUCAAGCAGCCAGGGCCAGGGUCAGGGUCAGUCGAGUACUCAGGGUCAGUCGAGUACUAAGCAGAGCAGUCAGAGUGAGCAGAGCAGUCAGGGUCAGCGCCAGCCCCUCACCCCCCUCACCCUUCGCCCGAGAACGUCACUCACCUUUGGCGAUGCCCUGGAUACACCACCGUCCUAUGCACCCAGAGACUCUGCUGAGACAGUGUCACAGACUUUACGGGAUGCACAGCUCACACUGUCUCAGCCCAGUGCAGAACAAAUGGUGUACGUGCCGGCUGAAGUACACCCGGAACCAUCCGCAUCAGGGGACUCGUCGUCAAGUAGUCAGGGAGAGGAGGACGUCUAG